AUGGACACAACUCCCGCUCCAAUUUCUAAUUCCGCACUGCCUCUGGAAGAGUCGCUCGAUUUGUCUACAGUGCUGCCCACGGUAGUAAACUCCAACGACGAACAACAGCCUGGACCCGUACACAGGACUAGUUUUCACUUUUUACGUCGCAAGAGUUCAGCUGAGACUCGUGGAGGCUACCGCAGCGCGUCCACUGGCAAGAUGAGCAAGAAAGCAAAGGUGCUUGCGCAGGAGGAGGCCGUACGGAAGUCGAGAGAGGCCGCGAUGCUUCCUGUGCAGCCACCGCGCCUUCCCUCGCACUCCUUUGACAAUUUUGGCGGCGGCGAAUACUUCCGCCCGGAUUCUGUUGCCAUCGUUUCCAAUCAGGCCAGCAACCACGCCGGCAACCACGCCAACCACGCCGGCAACAACUUCAGUCGUCCCAAUUUCAGCAGACCGUCCGUCGAACAAACUAGGAUGGCGCCCACUUCCACUUCAGCUGUGGCGCCGCCCAUGCCUGUCCGCUCGACUUCGCCGUCAUACGUAGACUACGAUCCCUACCCCAGAACUGAGAGCAUGACAAACCGCGGUCGCUACAGCUAUGCCAGCAGUCAGAUCAGUACCGUGAACAGUCCCCGCCGUGUGAGGAGGAGGAAGGACCCCACGCCGUUCAACAUCCUCGUCAUUGGUACCAAGGGCUGUGGCAAGUCCUCCUUCAUCGACUUUCUUCGCACUGCACUUGCACUCCCUGCUAAGAAACGCACUCAUACUCCAUCUCCGCCAGCCAGUGCAAGGGUGCACGACUCGCCCUUUACCUCUCAAUCCCUCGAGACAGAAGUGGACGGCGAGAGAGUCGGUGUCACGCUCUGGGACUCGGAAGGUCUUGAGAAGAAUAUUGUCGACUUCCAGCUACCCAUCAUUACGUCGUUCCUCGAGUCCAAGUUUGAAGACACAUUUGGCGAAGAGCAGAAGGUAGUGCGUGCCCCAGGCGUUCGUGAUACUCACAUCCACUGUGUUUUUCUCAUCUUGGACCCUGUGCGUCUAGAUCAGAAUAUCGCCGAUGCUCGCAAAAGGUCGAACGUUGUCAACGUUGGCAGUGCAAUUUUUGGCGGCUUAGACGAGGACCUCGAUCUCAAUGUGCUUCGUGCGCUACAGGGCAAAACCACUGUCAUCCCCGUUAUUGGCAAGGCUGACACCAUCACGGGCGCGCACAUGCGUUAUCUCAAGAAGACGGUCUGGGAUACCAUAAAACGAGCGAAGUUGGAUCCACUCGAGGCUUUGAACCUCGCCGAUUACGAUGAGGAAGACCCCGAUCGACUAGACGAGCAAGACGAGGACGAAUAUGCUGAGUCUUCUGACGGCGAAGGUAAGACGGAUGUGUUGAACAAGAUCCUCGAGCGAUCAUCUUCCGAAGCUGCCCGUUCAAUUGCAUCUUCAAACUCAUCAUCCAAGUCUCGAUCACCUCCAACGUCGCCCCCAAGCGCCAAAAAGAGCCACAGUCGCAAGGCAUCAGCCAUGUCCGCAUCCAUUCACAACCACAAUGAAGACAUGGAAACUCCGUUUUUGCCUCUCAGCAUCAUCUCGCCGGAUCCCUAUGAGCCUGAGGUGGUGGGCCGAAGAUUCGCAUGGGGCUUUGCGGACCCUCUCAACCCAGAGCACUGCGACUUCACGAGGCUGAGGGAAAGUGUCUUCAGCGAAUGGCGUGCCGAACUUCGCGAGGCGAGUCGCGAGCAGUGGUACGAAGGCUGGCGAACAAACCGACUGCAGAGGGGCAACACCAGGAGACAAGUCAUGACUUCAGACGGACCAGCAAUGAAGCAGAUCAGCGUCCCUGCUGCCAACGGUAGGGCUUCCAGCGCAGGAACUCGCGACCAUCGUCCAUACCAUGGCACCGACUACUAG